AUGGGCCCAGCAGGGAGGGCAGGAAAAAAGGGGGAACCAGGACCUCCUGGACCUCCAGGUUUACCAACCCUCUACCUGUGGAAGAACACUGCUGAGGAAUGGGCUGCCUUCCAGGGUGAAAGGGGUCCCAAGGGCAUUCCCGGCCGAGCUGGAGUCCCGGGGAGAGAUGGGGAAAACGGACAGGACGGUCAGCCGGGGCCGCCUGGUGUUCCUGGACCAAAGGGUCCUUUAGGAUACAGAGCUGAACCGGGGUCCAAAGGGGAGAAAGGUGAUGAGGGUCUCAUGGGAAGCAAGGGUCCAAGAGGAGACAGUGGUGAACCUGGAGAGAAGGGCUCAAUUGGUUUGCCAGGUCGACCCGGUCCUAUUGGUCUGCCGGGGCCUCAGGGCAUCCGUGGUGGCAGCGGGCCAGAGGGCCCCCCUGGAUCUGAUGGAGAUGUCGGGCUGGACGGUCCCCCAGGUCUGCCAGGGCCAAUGGGCGCACCAGGUUUCACAGGACGAGUUGGCGCUCAAGGAGUUAACGGCUCACAGGGGGAUUUGGGCCCUGCUGGUGUUGCUGGUCCCAGAGGCCCUCAGGGACCUCCAGGUUUAGAGGGAGAGAUGGGGCCCCCAGGACUCCGAGGACCCCAAGGACACACCGGGAUGACUGGAGGUCCUGGGCCUAAAGGAGAUCCUGGGCCUGCGGGGCCCACGGGUGUCCGGGGGGACCCUGGCUUUGAGGGGCCAAUGGGGAACAGAGGACCAGAUGGGGACAAAGGCGAUCAGGGACCGAAAGGCGACAAAGGUUUCAAGGGGGCAUCAGGUAUUAGGGGCCCUCAGGGAGAGAGGGGCCCCAGCGGCUUCAUGGGUUUCCAGGGGUCAAAGGGUCAGCCUGGCAUCAAAGGCUUGGAGGGGAACAGGGGAGCAGAUGGACGUAACGGCAAACCAGGACCCCGAGGCAACAAGGAGAUAUUUGGUACUGAUGCCUGUCUCUCCUUCCUGCUUCCCCUCUCUCUUUUCUGCAGGGUCGCAUCGGACAAAGGGGGCACACUGGCCAGCCCGGCCCAUCGGGUUUGCCAGGGACACCUGGACCAGUGGGAGCAGAAGGAAAGCCUGGGUCCCGCUGGUGCGGUUGGCUUUGCGGGCAGUAAAGGGCCAACGGGUUUUCAAGGGAUUGCUGGAGAGAGAGGUACAGAUGGCCCACCAGGUCCUCCGGGCCCUCCAGGGAGGACAGGACCUCCUGGCACACCGGGGCCCCCAGGAGACAGGGGUUUUACAGGGAAGACAGGCAAAGACGGACCCCAGGGCCCAGUAGGCAUGUAUGGUUUCCCGGGGAACGUCGGCAUGCGUGGCCAUCCAGGUCACAUAGGAGAGAGGACCAGAGACAUCAUCACUGGGGAUUAUCUCUGCUACUCCUGCUCGGUACCCUACAAUCAGGAAAACCGUCUGAAAAUGAUGACUCUUGUGCCUGGAGCCUGGGUCUGCCAGGUCUUCCUGGAGAGAAGGGGCUCCGGGGACCACAGGGACCACCAGGGCUCCCGGGUGCUGAUGGGGCAAUUGGAAAACCAGGACCCAGGGGAAGUAAAGGGCCCCUGGGCCCACAGGGGCCAGACGGGCCAGCGGGAAUCCCAGGUUUACCUGGGCCACCCGGUGACGCCGGCCCAACGGGACAAGACGGACAACAGGUUGGUGUGCCCUGCGUUCUCCAAUGCUAUCUUCAUUGGUAUCCCUGGACAAACAGGAAUCGAGGGCCGGCCUGGAAGCAAAGGGGACCAGGGAGACCCGGGGCCUUGUGGGAAACUUGGUCCUGUAGGGCUUCAAGGGGAGAGAGGACUCCAGGGUCUGAAAGGCCUACAAGGACCUCCUGGACCAAUCGGCAAAGAGGGUGAUGUUGGGCAUCCUGGAGAUGCUGGUGAUCCAGGACCCAAAGGGGAGAAGGGAAACGUGGGACCUCAGGGGUUGUCUGGCAGAGAGGGACCUUGGGGGCCCCUGGGGGACAACGGUGAAAGGGGUCCAAAAGGGGAGAAGGGCCACAUUGGUCUGAUGGGUGAGCCCGGGCUGAUGGGCGAAGUGGGACCUGCCGGUUUGACAGGGUUACAGGGAAUUACAGGCCCCAGGGGACCCCCGGGGCUAGAUGGACCUCAGGGACAGAAGGGGGAGUCUGGGUUGAGAGGAAUGACUGGCCCCUCUGGGUUAGGAGGCCCUCAGGGAAUUGCCGGGGCACCUGGUGUCAGAGGCGACAGCGGGAAUCUCGGACCACCUGUGAGUGUCUCCUACGACUCUGAAGCCGCUCACUGUACUCGUCAGAAAGCACAUUAA